UCGAACUCACGUAGGAUCUCCCAACCUCUUGAAGCUACUACAGCUUCCGGACAAGGUCGAGCGUAAGAGUCGGAAACUAUGUUCUCCGCAUGACGACGGAGGAGGAGGAGACAACAUUACCCCCAUCCCCAUCCCAUUUCAUGCAAGAUUUCAAACUCUGCGGCUCUGAGAAGCUCGUCCUUCUCGUUCUUUGCAUUCCCUUCCGUCGAUCAUGCCCUCCUCGCUCUAUAUAAUCGCCAUCUCCGCAGUGUCAUCGCCUACCGAAUCACUUCACUCUCUUCCUUCCUUCCUUCUCCGAACCAGUAUAACAUCAUGACAUCGGCAAAUCGCCUGUGUUUCUUGUUUGCCUUCAUUGUGUUAGGUUUCAGGGCGUCCGGUGUCGCUUGCCGCCGCACCGCUGCAGACAUGGCCAUGUCCCUCAGGCACGAGCGGUGGAUGGCGCAGCACGGGCGCGUGUACAGGGACGCAGCGGAGAAGGACCGCCGGUUCCAGAUCUUCAAACGCAACGUCGAGUACGUAAUCACCGUCAACGACGCCCACCGCAAGUACAAGCUCCGCAUCAACCGGUAUGCUGACCUAACGAACGAUGAGUUCAAGGCUUCGCACGGUGGAUUCAGGCCGACGCCUACGAAGGCGGCUCCAACCUUCAGAUACGAGAACGAGACGAUCGUGCCUCCCACCGUGGACUGGAGGAGUAGGGGAGCAGUGACGCCUGUCAAGAAUCAAGGAGAAUGCGGAUGCUGUUGGGCCUUCUCGGCUGUAGCCGCAGCAGAAGGCAUCAUCAAGCUCAAAACCGGAAAGCUGAUCCCUUUGUCGGUACAAGAACUCAUAGACUGCAGCGUCUACGGCGAGGACCGAGGAUGCAAUGGGGGCGCAGUCGAGGAUGCCUUCGAGUUCAUCAUCAGCAACGGCGGGUUGACGACCGAUGCAAACUACCCUUACACCGCAUCCGACGGCACCUGCGACGCCGUCAAGUCAUCCUCCAAAGAAGCCACCAUAAGCGGGUAUGAGAGCGUGCCGGGGAUCGGUGAGCCGUCGCUGCUGAAGGCAGUAGCACGCCAGCCCGUCUCAGUCGCCAUCGACGCCGGCGGACCGGAGUUCCAGUUCUACUCGAGUGGCGUGUUCACGGGCAAGUGCGGCACCAACCUGGAUCAUGGAGUGACCGUCGUCGGCUACGGUACGACGGCCGAUGGAACUCGGUACUGGCUCGUGAAGAACUCAUGGGGUGCGUCGUGGGGCGAGAGUGGGUACAUGAGGAUCCAGAGAGGUGCUGCUGGUGCACCGGAAGGGCUCUGCGGCAUUGCUAUGUACGCUUCUUAUCCAACCGUGUGAGGAAGCUCGGAGGCGUCGCCUUCGAAUCCAAGUCCAAUAAAAAGGGCAUUGACUGACUGUCAUACGUCAUCCAUAGUAAACCAUGGUGCUGACAGUUAUCAAAGUGGCACGAAUACUUUGGCUUGUGAAAUGCGUAAAUGAAA